AUGACGUCAUCACGCAGCCAUGUCCGGAAAAGUGGUAUAAAAUCUAUAUUCAUAACUGACUUGGCUUUUCCUUUGCUGUUGUUCCUUUCCAGCCCAGGCAUAAUGAACAUUGGAACUAUUGAUGUCUACUUAAACAAGACGGGAAGCAGCCUCCAGACCAUGGUUUACAGCGAAGAGGAGCAGGAGAACGACGCCUGGAACAUGUACACGGAGAGGAAGAACAUUGUGCUGGAGUUCCUGUGCUCCGACUUGAGCCUGCACCUGCUCAAACGCCACCACAAGAGGAUUGAGCUUCUUAAAAAGUGCUCCUAUUACAUCGAAAUCCUACCCAAGCACUUGGCGCUGGGAGAUCAGAACCAUUUGAUGCUCCCAACCACCAUGUUCCAGCUGAUAGACCCGUGGAGGUUCCAGAGGAUGAAGAAAGUGGGGAGCAUCCAAACCAAAAUCCAGCUGUUACUCCUCUCUGAACUUUUGGAACAGCUGGAGAGAGGGCGGGAGGAGCUGGUCCAGUUCUUGGAGACCUACGACGUGAUGACGUUCCUCUCUCGGUGGGAUGUCAUCAGGCAAAGGUUGUCAAGUCUGUCCGAGCAGAUGGAUCAUUUCCUUGCGCUGCUGGUGCCCGGCAGGUUGCACAUCAAGCACCGUCUGGUCUCCGACGUCGGAGUUACCAAAAUCCCACACAUAAGGCUUGUCAUUAUCACAAAAAUGCCGGUGAUGUUUGAUCGGAAGGAAUCAGCAGCCCACCUGGACUGGGUGAGUCUCAGGUGGUUUGUCAGCAGUCAACAGCCACAAGUUGAACAAUACGAACUCCGUUUUAAGCUCCUGGAGCCCCGAGCCCCACAAGACAAAAUCCACUGUGGAAUAAUGGCAGUCACCUCCAACACGUGUGAAAUCCACAACCUCCAGCCUGACCGUUUGUACAGGUUCACGAUCAAAAGAGCAGAGAUUUACACCCUCGUUUAUGAACAGUGGCGUGAUUCCAUCUUGCUUAAGACAAAACCAUACCCUGAGGAAGACAUGGAGAGCGCCAUGUCUGAGCCUCACCUUUCCCAUCUCAGCAAUACACAAGGAAUGUAA